GGAGGCUUGUCCCCGCCCCUUCCCUCGGAGUGGAAUUUUCCCGAGCAGCGGCGAGGCCGAGAUGCGCAGCAUAAAAGCGAGUCGCGAAGCCUCGGGGCAAACGGGGCGGCUGCGGAGCGCGGCGCAAGAAAUAACUCCAGGCGGUUGGGAUACCUGAUCCUCCACCCUCCUUCGCUUGUCACCCUAAGCAGAUUCCCUGCGAGAGACGUCAGUGGGCAAGGAUUUCUGGCUGACAGCUGACCACAAUGUGGAUAGUAUCGCCCCCUUCUGGAGUCUUCCAGUACACCAAGAAGCUUUUCUUGAGGGAGCAGGCAGGCCGUGCGCAAGCCGUCGAGUUCCUGCGCAAGAAUGCGGCCAACUCAAUCUCCAUGGCCAACCUCCUCAUGGGCCUCUUCUCCGUCCUCUGCAGCCUCAACGGGCAUUACCACUACGCCUGCUGGUUAGUCCUGACUGGAUUCGUGCUGGACCUUGCCGACGGAGCUGUGGCGAGGCAACUCAACGCCUGCUCUGCCUUGGGGGCUAAACUGGACGACUUUGCCGACUUCACGUCCUUUGGCCUGGCCACGGGGCUCUUGCUACAGGCCCACGAAUUCCUCGGUGGCCUGCUGGUGAUCGUCUACGUGCUGGCGGUGUUCACGCGGCUGUGCUUCUUCUCCAGUGGGAUGCCCUUUAUGUACCGGGGCUUGCCAUGCCCCUAUGGCGCCUCCAUGGUAGCAGCCACUUACUUCCUGACCGGUGGUCACCUCGUGGCUAUGCGCCUGAUGGCGAUCGUGAUGAUCCUCUUCAUGGUGGACCAGGGUUUCUACCCCCACGACAAGGUGCUAGAAUCCCAGGCUUGGAAAAAGGCCAUCUUUGCAGGAGGUAUCUUGGUGCUCCUGUUUCAUGCCUCCUUCCUGGCCUCCCUCUAUUUCCUGAUUUGGUCUGUAUCGUACAUUUUUUUCCCCAACACUUUGUGGAGUUACAAAGUCUAGCCUCUUUGAUGGACGUUGAGUGGACGAUGCCAGCACUGCACCCUGCCGAGGCAGUCUUCGGCGACUGGGAAGACGGACGGAUCCAGUGUUAAAAAAUCCACAUUUUGCCUAAUGUUUUUCAUCACCCUGAGGUGAUAAAACGUCUGGGAGGUUUAGCCACUUUCUAGCAGCGUUUCCCUUGCUGGGCUGCCAGUUGCCUGAGGAACGAAGUCAAUAGCUGGCUAACAUGCUGAGCCCUUGGUCAGUGUAGAUAUAUACAGAAUAUUUUUACUGAUAAUAUAUAUAUAUAUAUAAAGUGCAAUAUAGUUUUAAGAGGCAAAUUCUUGCUUCGUUUUUUUUUUUCCCCCCCAAGCCAGUAAUUUACUCGCUGAUAGCUUUCAGGGACAAGGGGAAAACUUGAAUACAGACCUCUUCUCUUGCCACUUUCCCCUCUUGUGAUGUUCUCACUCUGGACACAUCAGAGGCCCUUCCUUCUUUAACCUGAUUUUUGCAACAAGUGAGCGAGCUGAAUUUGCAACCUUGGCGCUGAGGCAGAAGGAAUUCCCAUUGCUUUCGGAGCCAAAUUUGGCCCUUAAGAGAAAGAGGAAGUUACCCCUCACGUGACUGCCCUCUUGUUAUCCAGGGCCUCAUAAGUAGCAGAAGAGCAAAGUCCGGCUCUUAAUGAGCGAGAUGAUAUUAAACUACCUUUGACCCACAACUGCUAGUCAAACUCUUUGCUCUUUGAAAGACGCCACUGCUUUCCAAGAAAGUUGCGGUCUGUGCACACGUUCUAUAUGUGGGUGAGUAGCCUUUCCACAGAGUAGACAGGAAGCAGGACACCUGAAAAACCUCAAUGUGCCAUCCAGAAUCUAAGCCAACUUUCACCAACAUGGGGAGGAACUGCUGCUGGAGACAGUUUGGGAAUGAUUCCCUGCAGCUGGGCCUCCAAAUCAAGUCCGCAUCUUGUGUAAAGAAAGACUUCCGGAAGCAGAUUGCCAAGCAAACAGGCCAGUAAUUCUCCGUAAUCCAGGUCAGGGUUGUCCCAAAGGUGCUUUUUUUUUUUUCUUUGAAGAUGUUUCGCUUCUCAUCCAAGAAGCUGCUUCAGCUUUGGACUAAACUCCUUCAGAGGAAUUCCACCCUGCUGUAAGUAUGUGGACGAUACUUGGGUCAAGAUGAAAACACAGGAAUUGGAAGAGGUGAAAUGUCUUCAAAGAAAAAGAAGAAAGUCCAAAAAAGCCCCUUUGGGACAAGGCAAGUGCGUGGCGUCCUUCCCACCACACACCCCUCUACCAGUCAGGAGCUAAAGGGAGGUGUAACCUUCUGCCAAUAUUUGUGAGUUGCCCAGAUUUGCCAAAGGAAUCAUUUGUACACCUUACUGGUAGGUCUGUGAUCUAGAAUUCCACCUUGACUUCAACUCUUGCCAGAAUCGUGGCAGAAAUUUUAGAUUUGGGUUGCGAAAAGAGGAGUCCCAAAUGCUUGUGCCAGGUAGCGCUUUUAAUGUUUUUUAUAUUUAUCAGGGUAAUGAAAUACAUUUGGAAAAUGGGCUUUUCCCAAGAGCUCUUUAAUUAAAAACUCCAGAGGAAAAGAAAGACAGGAAGAGGACGUUGUGUCAUUGGAAAACUAUACUUGAAACUAGUGUUCUCGUGCUUGGAGGAAAUAUUAAACUCAGAAAACCAUGA